ACGAGAUAUUUCGUAACUGACCUGACAUAAGAUCUGGUACCUAACUCUAAUAAGUAUCAUUCUUAUUGGAAAUUUCCACUUAUUGGAAAUUUCCAAUUGAAAAAAAAAUCCAUUUAUAAAUCAAUAUAUUUUUUUACUCUAUUUAGAAAUAGGGAAAUUAAUAAUAAAAAUAAUACAAAAAAAUAUAAAUAAUUAGUCUAUCUAUAACUAUAAGAAAGAGGAGAUCAUAUGAAAAAUGUAACCGAUUCUUUCCUUUCCUUGGGUUAUUGGCCAUCCGCCGGGAGUUUCGGGUUUAAUACCGAUAUUUUAGCAACAAAUCCAAUAAAUCUAAGCGUAGUGCUUGGUGUGUUGAUUUUUUUUGGAAAGGGAGUGUGUGCGAGUUGUUUAUUUCAAGAAUAGGCUGGAUCCAACCAACUGCAUUUUUUUCGUUAUAACUAGGAAAAAAAGGUGCAUGAUUCCGCGAAUUUCUUCUGAAAAAAAAUAUAUAUAUUUAAGAACCAUAGCAUUUCGCGAUUCAUUGGUAAAUCUACUUUGAUUCUCUCUCAACCAAUAAUGUAAACCAUUAACAGGGUUAAAGCUAAACCGUUUGAAGUUCAGAUGCAGCAUGGUAUUCUUUCUACUACUAUGUUAGUUAAUAAGUUAAUAUGGAAGCGGGUUCAAAACAAAUAGUUGGAAUUUUUUUUUCGAUAUAAAACACUCAUGUCGCUAAAAUUAUUUGAACCCGUUAUUUGAUUGGAAAAAAUCGGAAAAAUGGGUAUUUCACCCCCCUUUAUUUAUCUUUUUUAUCCAAUGCUGAAUCGAUGGCCUAUGUAUAAAGUAAGAAGAAUUCUUUGGAUUAAAAACAAAAAAAGAAACAACCUUGCUGACAAUUAUUUGUUUGGUCAGAAGAGUCCUCCGAAUAUUAUGUUCUUGGAUUAGCGAUCCGUUUCGAUAUUUUCGAAUAUGAAUAGAGAAGAGAGGAUAGGCUCAUUACAUUAAAAAAAAUAUGGGAAUUCCCAUAAGUAUAAGUAAUUGAAAAAAAUUGAGCGUGAGAGCCAAAUGAAGCGAAAGAUUCAUGUUUGGUUCGGGAAGGGAUCGUGGAAGUUUUGAAAUGAAUGGAAAGAUAAUCUACUUUCAUUAAGUGAUUUAUUAGAUAAUCGAAAACAGAGGAUCUUGAAGACUAUUCGAAAUUCAGAAGAACUACGCGAGGGGGCCCUAGACCAACUGGAAAAAGCCCGGGCCCGCUUACGGAAAGUAGAAACGGAAGCGGAUCAGUUUCGAGUGAAUGGAUACUCUGAAAUAGAACGAGAAAAAUUGAAUUUGAUUAAUUCCACCUAUAAGACUUUGGAACAAUUAGAAAAUUACAAAAAUGAAACCAUUCAUUUUGAACAACAAAGAGCGAUUAAUCAAGUUAGACAACGGGUUUUUCAGCAAGCCUUACAAGGAGCUCUAGGAACUCUGAAUAGUUGUUUGAACAACGAGUUACAUUUACGUACCAUAAGUACUAAUAUUGGUAUGUUUGGAACGGUGAAAGAAAUAACGGAUUAGUCCUUCUAAUGCAGGCAUUAUUUUUUUUCUUCAAAAAAAAAUAAGAAAUACUUAUGGUAACCAUUCGAGCAGAUGAAAUUAGUAAUAUUAUCCGCGAACGUAUUGAGCAAUAUAAUAGAGAAGUAAAGGUUUUAAAUACCGGUACUGUACUUCAAGUAGGCGAUGGCAUUGCUCGUAUUUAUGGUCUUGAUGAAGUAAUGGCAGGUGAAUUAGUAGAAUUUGAAGAGGGUACGAUAGGCAUUGCUCUGAAUUUGGAAUCAAAUAAUGUCGGUGUUGUAUUAAUGGGUGACGGUUUGAUGAUACAAGAGGGGAGUUCUGUAAAAGCAACAGGAAGGAUUGCUCAGAUACCCGUAAGCGAGGCUUUUUUAGGUCGUGUUAUAAAUGCACUGGCUAAACCUAUUGAUGGUCGGGGCGAAAUUUCAUCUUCUGAAUCUCGAUUAAUUGAAUCUCCUGCUCCUGGUAUUAUUUCGAGACGUUCCGUAUACGAGCCUCUUCAAACAGGACUUAUUGCUAUUGAUUCUAUGAUCCCUAUAGGGCGUGGUCAGCGAGAAUUAAUUAUUGGGGACAGACAGACCGG